AUGGCAUUUACUAGGAAACAAUUAAUCACCAUCGUCAUUGCCGGGAUAUUCUCGGCAUUGUUCUUCCGUACCGAUCCUGCUCUCAAAAACACGCUACCAUCACUACGUGUUCAACCAUCCGAUACGUACACCCUUGACUUUUACCCAGGCGGGCAUUUCGUAGAGCUGCCGCAAGGCACCAUGCGUUAUUGGCUUUUCGGUAAUCCUGAUGGUGAACGUGUAGUCCUCGUACAUGGUAUAAGCAGCGGUGCUGUGACAUAUGACAAGCUUGCAAGACAUCUCGCCGACAAUGGAUACUAUGUGCUUGUCUUUGAUCUAUGGGGACGUGGAUACUCAGAUGCUCCUCCUGGUUAUUAUGAUGAAUCAUUGUAUACUACGCAACUCGUCCUCUUACUUCAAAAAGUUGGCUGGCAAAGAGCCAACGUUGUCGGUAUUUCAUUAGGAGGCGGCAUUGCUACAUCCUUUACCGCAUUUUAUCCUGAGAUAGUCAACAAACUCGUUCUCAUUGCCCCAGCUGGUCUGAUGGAUUCCGAAAAAGAUCUCCCUCUCUAUGGUAAAUUGCUCAAGCUAUCCAUGGUGCGAUCAUUGUCGCAACAAUCAUGGUUCAAAUGGGUAGCUCACAAGGGGGUCGCUCAUUUCUUUAAAACAUCGCGUACAAAGGAGUCGAGGACAUCGCCCGAUUUCAAUCGCCUUGCCACAGCCGUGUUCUCUCAAUUUCAGGGACAUUCAGGCUUUUUUAGAGCCUUUCUCAGCACUGUAAUGGAUUACCCGUUAGAUGAUUUGCAUGACCGAUAUCAGAAAAUUGGUCAACAAAACCCAAAUUUACCCGUAUUGGUUAUCUGGGGCGAUGAAGACAAGACCGUACCAUUUCGCCAUGCUCCACGACUUCAACAAUACAUACCCCAGAGCCAGUUGCUGCGUUUUGAUGGAGCCGGCCAUGAUGUAUUGAUAACAAGAUAUGAGGCAGUAGAUCAAGCCAUUAGCGAGUUUUUGCGUGAUAGCAAAUAA